ACUCCGACUUGUUCGCAACAGAGUAUUCCACUGCUUCAUUUGGUCAACGCCGCAGCGCAGACGAAUCCACGACUGCCCGCACCAAUGCUCGUACCCUCCAACGGUUUACCUCGAUGGCCAAGCUCGACAUCGAUGAUGCCGUCAACGCCGAAUCUCCUCUUCCAACAGAUGUAUGGUGCACAAUUUCCACCGCAACGACUACCAACAAUGGAUUUUCUUCCGCCGCGACGGUUUCCUGGGAUGCAAUUGCCAUCCGUCCAUCCAGCAACAUCAAGUAUGAUGGCAUCCGUUUCUGGUUCUGUACAGCCGACCGUGCUGCCCUGUAAUCCAGUCGCUGGUCCCUCGAAAACGUCAUCUGAAGCGUCGUGCCCCAACCAACAAGAUGCGACUACUCUUCUAUCCGCACCCUGCCCGCUCAAGGUCGAGGGUGCAUCGGUUUCUAUGCCAUGCUUGCCUGGUCCGUCGUGUGUUCCAUCGCUCAGUAUUCCACCUGUGGUCCCCCGUAUGGAUGCACAAGAUAUGUGCCACCGUUCUGUCCGAUUACCAGGCAAUCCUCCAAGAUACUAUCCAUCGGGUAAAAAGAUCGGUCGUCCACCGGGCACUUAUAAGCGAGUCAAUUACGAUUCAGGCAUCGGAUCGUCCUCAUCGAGAGUCACUGGGUCCUCUCUGAGUGACGUUUCACUCAAAGAAUCCGAGAGCAACGUAUCAAACGAGGUAGUCGACGUGGAAACAUUGACGGAAGAGAAGUGUGAAUGGGGCGCAUGUCAGCUUGUCUUCUCUACUCAAAAGGCGUUGGUGGACCAUGUUUCGGAUUGUCAUGUAAAUAUCUCCAACCGUGACUGGGUAUGCAAAUGGAGAGGUUGUGACCGUACGGAACCGUUUCGUGCAUUGUACAUGUUAGUCGUUCAUGUUCGUAAACAUACGGGAGAGAAACCGAAUGAGUGUACGCACCCUGGUUGCAACAAGUCUUAUAGUCGUCUUGAGAACCUGAAAACACACAUGAGAACUCACACCGGCGAAAAACCAUAUGCUUGUGAGAUUCCUGGAUGUCCUAAGGCUUUCAGUAAUGCUAGUGAUCGUGCCAAGCACCAGAACAGGACGCAUUCUAAUCUGAAACCAUAUAUUUGUUCUAUUCCUCAAUGCGGAAAAAGUUAUACUGACCCUUCAUCACUGCGGAAGCACAUCAAAACCGUUCACGGAGAUGAAGCUUACGAAAGAGCGAAAAAGAAUAGACCACAUAACACGGGAGGAAGACGCAAGAAAAGUAAUCCACUUAUGCGAUCCAUGCCACUCAACAUUCUCCAACUUGCUGCUUAUCAACAGCAAAUGACGCAGAAUUCUGAAAAGAAAGUAUUUGGUAUGGACACUGAGACAGGAUCGGGUGAAGAUGACCGUGCUGAGGAUAAUCAUGUCAAUGAGACAUCCACUACUUCUCCCUGCUCAGAAGACUUAAAUUCAACAACCUGCAGCGGCGGCGAUGACAGACAUCACGCCUUUUCGCAAGGGUCUGUUGUCUCAGGAUCAGGUUCGACUUCCGGUGCAAUGCCAAGUCCAGCCGGGUCAUCAUCUUCUUGUCACUCUGGAGGCACUGGAGCGUCUACCAGUUCUUCUGGCAGUCAACAACAUACAAGAAGCUUCUACAUAGACCAGAUCCUUAGUGAUGUGAGCAAAGCCACCAACUUCGCCGUUCAGAAGCGCUUGUUCCUUACUGCUUUCACUCAUCCUGAUUUCCAUUGGGAAAUGUUGUCGAAUUACAAUCUGCCCAAUCUGGAUGCACUCAUUAGCAGUGUACAGGAUAAGAACUUCCCCCGGACGUUUGACUCCUUAUCUCUAUACAAAUCGAGCGAAAGUCAAGAGUUUUAUCCUGGAAGCUUGGCAAAGAGAGCUUCAUUAACACCACCAGAAUCGUGGAGAAAAUACGAUACGAGAGAUGAUUGGUCUUCGGGUAGUAUACCUCGCACUACGAUGUCCAGUUCCAGUCUUACAAACACGACGAAUUACGAUGAUGACGAAGACGAUGUAAUCGAUGAUCCUGCACCGUUGGGUACUUUGGAUGACCUUUCUCAAUCGCACUCGCAGGGCGGUGUCGCGGUUGCCACUCGGCACUCUUAUCACCUCUCCGGGCGAUAUUCUUGCUCUCACGAGAAGUAUAAGUGCAUGCUAGAUGUUGAACCAUCCAUGGACGAGCACGGUGGUGUUUUUCUUUCUGAUGCUAUUCUCGAACCUAACGACGAGCAAGAAGUGUACGGAUUACCAGGCAACAUGUUGGAUGCGCAAAUGGGACUACCCAACUCAUCUUCUGUCAUAUCCCUGAGCGGUCGUUAUUCCAUUGGAAGCGACUGUAGUUCUACGUUGAGCUCUCAAGCCCACUACGUCCAUGGUUCUUACACAAGCAUCGAGUCGCAAAUGUUGUCGGAUGCGAACAAUUUGGAACAGAACGCGCUCAAUCCUGAUUAUGGCCAUUAUCCACAGACUGAUGCUAGCGAUGAAUUUGUACCCCGAGUUUCUCCUCCGCUGGUGCCACAUUUUGAGCAGAGCUUCAUGCCAAUGGAACAUUUGACAGAGGCGCGCAGUAGGUCGCCUGUAUCUGCGCUGGUUCUGUCAACAGAACCCCAGUCGGAACUCGAGUACACUCGUCGUCACAUGCAAAUAACUCAGCAUCUUGCGGAUGAGGACAUAGCUUUGAGCGAACGUCUUCCUCCUCCUGAGCGUCUUCUCUACCGUCCUGGAAUGGACAUCCUAAACGCUGGUGUAUUGGUUCAAGCGCAUGGUCAUUGUGAACCAGUUUGGUACACUCAUGGAGAUCAAUAUCACAUCUACAAUGAAGCACAAGCUGUCACAGCUCCUCUGGACGAAAACAUUCUAGUACAAAACGACAACACCGGUGAGUCAGCAGAAGGAGCAACCAUGCUCUCAGAUGAUUUUGAUGCUGUAAGAGAUGUGCAGGAUUUCCAUCUUGACCAUGAGAAUUUUAUUCAUGAUUAUCUCGAGGAGGAUGCGUUAUCCUUAUCCAUGAGAAAUCUUAAUGUUGAAAUCUCCUAUAUUGAAACACACCUGGUGCCUCGCUUCGGCUUAGACAAGUACUUUGGAAUCGCAUUUAUGUUAACCGGAGCUUCUGAUGCUGAAAAAUGGGACAGGAAAUAUGCCAACUUUUACGAAGAAGCUUGUUCACAGCUGCAAUCGCUUGACGAUUUGGCUAGGAGGAAAGCUUUGGGAAAAGAAAGUUUGAAAAAGAUCAUGCAGCGUAUCACGGAUCAUUACGAUUUUCGUCAUCCAGUGAUUCUCUUUUCCAAAGCUGAGCUAAGAAUGACGCUUAGCUCAGAUAUUCUGUAUUCUUUCAGUGAUGAGGAUGAAAUAUCUGAUGCUGCUGAAUACGCCCGUAAAUAUUGGAAGUCAACGAUCUGGGCUCGUACAAACGUUUGGAUUACUGUCUUGCGCAGCGAACAUGUUCAAUCAAUAGUGAAUUUCUCUACACGGAUUGGAAUUGUUGUCUAUGGCGCCACUACCAAUCUUUACGCUCCACUCGGAUCGCUUACUCACGAUGAAUUUCUCUCUAUAGAUACAUUGCCUUAUUACGGUGACAAAAUACCGAAUUUGGAAGGUGCUCUUCGUAUGGCUUCGAUGCAGUUUCAAGCAGUUGGUGAUCGUUUGAACGCUAGAAAUGUGAUCGUGCUUAUGGCAGCUUCGUACUCGCUGAUUCACAGUGCUGGUGCAGAGUAUGCAGCUGCUCAGGUUGCAUCUCAGUUUAAAGAAGAUAAUGGCGUCUUGGUGGUUUACAAUUACGUCGAGACGCACAGUUUUCCGGAGCCAAAACUCGGAGAUAUUGCAUCUCCUGGUUACUUUAUGAGCAACCUAGACGAUGUAGAAGGAGACGGAAUAAAGCGAGCGCUGUGUGAUGCAAACUGCUUUUGUCGAUUGGGAUAUGAAGCUUUCCAAACGGAUAUCGACCGCAGUUUUCCAAGAGGCAACUGCUACUCAGCAAAGCAAACUCAGACAAUUUAUCAACUGGCAUCGAAUCGGUGUAAGAACGAGAACGGAUGUGUAGCAAUGACGAAGAGCCCAAAUGAGACGGCUCUUCUUGAGCAAAGAUUCAAUACUGGCAGUAGCUUUUGGAUCGGUCUAAAAUGGGAUCAACUACAACAAACAUACAUCUGGGCUGAUGGAACUCCACUAUCUGACUCCAAUCAACCCUGGGUGUCAUCAUCACCUCAUCAGACAGACGUCGACUGUGUACGAAUAGUCUCUCAGGGUGCAGAUUUGUUAUGGGCACCAGUUGAUUGUCGUCAAGAGUACAUCUAUGCAUGCGAAGUUGAUCCGUGUGACUCGCAAACAUAUUGUACGCAGAAUGUUUGA